AUGCGGGGCGAGCUCGCGACGGUGGCUGCUGGUCUGACGCAGACCUACCUGGCGAGCUGCCCGCGGUGCCCCGAGCACCGCUGCCCCGACUGCAAUUGCGGCGCGCCCGCGGUUCGGCAGGGCGCAGCGGAGGUGGAGCUGCAAUUCGGGCUGCCGUGGAGCUGGGCCGCGGCGAAUUCCGCGCGGGCGCACGUGCUCUACAAUGGGGAGGGCGAGCUGUGGCACCAGAGGCGGCGCGUCGGGAGCUCAAGGGCGUGCUCGGUGACUAACUACAUCCUCGCGCCCGACGGCGACUGCUACUCGGAGAAGUACGACCUGGAGGAGGCGCACAUCUCGGCGGUGCGAUAUGCAUUCGACGACGCCUUCGACCGGUCGGAGGCUCUGGAGCGGGCGGAUCACCGCUCGCGGGAGGCGGCGGCUGGCCGCGACCCGGCGGCGAUCCCGCCUGGAGGCUACUUGGGGCAGCUUUCUGUCCAGCCAGCGGCGGCAGCAGCGGGGGCGGGGCCUCUCGAUGGCGCGGCGGCGGUAGGGGGCUUGGCGGCUGGCGGAGGGGCGCGGCAUUGGCGGUUGGGGGGGCCUCGGCGUGUGGGAGUACCUGUUGGAGGCGGGGCGGUGGGCGGAGGCGGCGAAGGAGGAGUUCGCGGAGACCCGACCUUGGCGCGGGCGGCGGUGGAGACGCGCGGACAGCGCCGACGAGGAGAGGAGGUGCUGCUUCCAGCGGCCGCCGUGACCUUGGGCGGCGCGGCGCUGGCACCGACAGGCGAUGGCGGGAGCUUGCGCCUGCGGCGGCUGAGGCGUCAGGACGUGAUGAGCUGGAUUGGGGCGGAGGCCGCUGGAGACGCGCGGAUCCUGAACGUGGACCUGAGCGACAAGUCGAGCGUCACUGACUUCGCCGAUUGGCCCGUGGUCGACCCCAGGACCACCGAGUGGUGCAUGCUGUUCUUGAACAGACGAGGAGGAGGACCAAUGGACCACCACAGGUGCUUCGCGAUGCUGCGCGGCCUCGAGACGGGCGACUGGGGCGUGGACACGCACCGCGUGUGCCUCAAGGCGGUGGAGGAGGCGGGGACUUACGAUCACCUGGAGCUGGAGCUGCGCUAUCUUGCGAGCUUCGAAGUCCUCUUUCGCCAGGCCCAGUUGGUAGAGUACGCGCGCGAGCAGGAGAAGGUCGCCAGGCAGAUGGUGGGCGGCAAAGGACAGGAGGGAGCCGGCAAGGGGGCAGGCUUGCUGGGCGAGAGUCUGGUGGUCACGGGCCAGCGCCGCGAGGCGGGCGGCGUCAUGUUGGCGCCAGAGCUGAUGGACUUCGCGUCACGAGAAGUCGAGAAGGACGCCAACAUCACGAAGCAGGUGAGGGAGGCGCGAGAGGAGCGCCGAGCCCUCACCAACAACAAGAAGAAGGAUGGGGAGGGCGGGGGCCUCAGUUUUGCAGCCGCCCUCGUGAGCGUGUCAGGGGCACUGCGCGGGGCCAGCGAGGACCUCGACAGCAUUAAUUUGCGGCCGAGUGCGGCGCAGCUUUCUUGCUUGGCGCGCAUCGAGCAAGCCCACCGUGAGCUCGGUUCGCCUCCAGCUGACUUGCAUGGGCAGGGGGCCCUGGAGGAGCUCCGGCGGUGGAGCGGGUUGCCCUGCCCAGAUGUCGGGGGCUCGGCGGGCGUGAAGGUUCUCGAGGUUCUCAAGAGUUUGGUUCGGGCGCCCGAUGAUGGGGCGGCUGAGGAAGAGCGUCAGCAGUUGCGCCGUGCCUACAACGACCCGAUCUUUCGCCAGAAGCCGAAGGAGUAUGCUAAGCUCGUUAGGAAGCUGCACGGGCGGGGCAUCAUCGAGUACAGGCGUAGCUGCAAGAAGAGCGCUGGUCCUUUUUGCGCGUGGAAGAAGGGAGGGGAACAGCGUCUUAUCCUGGAUUGCAGAGUGGGCAAUUGCUGGUUCAAGGGCGCCCCGGGAGUGAGCCCGGCGACAGGCGACAGUUUUGGACGGCUCGAGAUCGAGGGGGCCGAGCCUGUGUACGUGUCGGGCGUGGACAUCGAGGUGGCCUUCUACUCGAUAUGCCUGCCCGAGGGGCCGCGCGAGCACUUCGGGAUGGAGCCCGUGUGCGCAGGGGCUGUCGGAGUUCGGUGGCUUGACGGUGAGCGCGUGCAUCCUGGAGUGAGGGUCGUGCCGGUGCUGAGCGUGCUGCCCAUGGGUUUCAAGGGGGCGCUGUGCGUCUGCCAGGCGCUCCACGAGGCGGUAACCGAGAGGGUCACUGGCGUGGAUGCGGACAACAGACUGGUGGACGGGCGGCCUGCCCCUGUGGUGACUCAGGGCUGCGUCCACACCGAGUACGUGGACAACUCUGUGGCGCUCGGGACGGACGGAGAAGAGGGCCGCCGGCUGGCCACUGAGGUCGGCGCCGCUCUUGAGGCUGACGGGCUCGGCGUGCAUCCAGUCACUUGCGGUCGAGGCGGAGAUGCGCUUGGCUGGCACUUUGACGAGCUGCGGCCUGCAAGAGCUCAAUAUGACGGGAGCCCCAUGGCCUCUAGAGAGCUCAAUAUGACGUGGAGCCCCAAGGUGACGGUUUUCGACGCGAGCGAGUGGGGCUACGGGAUGAUGAGGGAGUCUGGGGACAAGAGCAAGGAUAAUUUCGAGGGGUGCCUGCGGUGCCCAGGUCUGUCUGGGGAGGCUGCUGGAGGCGUGAUCUUGGAGGCCCGGGCUGGUGUUUGGGCGCUGCGUCACAUUCUGCGGGACAGCAAAGCCGUGGGUUGUCGACAUCUCGUGCUCAGUGACGCUAUGGCCGUUGUGCUCGGGAUUACCAAGGGUCGGACCUCGAGUCGGGCGAUGGCGCGCUGCCUUAGGCAGUGGGCCGCCUUGUGCUUGGCCAGCGUCGCCGUGGUUCACGCGCGCUGGAUCUCCUCCGAGAGGAGCGCGGCGGACGGAGCCUCGCGCGGCUCAGAGGAGCGUAGCGCCGCUGCCUGUCGGGAUGCUCAGCCGCGGCCCGAGCGCGCGGCCGCUUGGAGGCCUGGCGGCUGCCCCGACGGCGGCGGCUUCGAGCUCGUGGACCCCGCGGUGGAGGCGACCCCUUUGUCCUCGGGCCGCCGCCUGGGCUCGAGCUUCCCAGGGCGCAGCGCCUUGGUGAAGAAGCAGGCGAGCCAGGCGCCGCAGCGGGCGAGGCAGCGGCGGCGCCGGGCCAGCGCCGGCUCGCAGGCGAGCGCGAGCGCGGCAGCACACGAUCGCGCAGGCGCCAGCCGCGGGGUUGCUGCCGCCGGGCGGCGGCAGGCGCUGCCGGGGCAGGAGCUGACGCAGCUGGAGCGCGGCACUCCGGCGGACGCCGACGGCGCGCUUGUGGCGUGGCUGAACGAGCAGUUCUUCGAGGGCGAGCCGCUGGCGACGGGAACCAAGAUGCUGGCGGCGCUGGGCCAUCUGCUCCCGGGGGUGCCCCGAGGCGCGCCCGAGCUUCGGCGAUCGCGGCGGGCGCUCCAGGGUUGGAGACGGCACAACCCUGCCAGCUCUCGCUUGCCGCUGCCCUGGCCUGUGACGGCCGCUCUGGCGAAGGAGAUGCUGGCGCGGGGGCAGCUGGCGGCCGCGGGAGCGACGCUCAUGGCCUUCGUGCUGUUGCUGCGGCCGGCGGAGGCGCUGAGGCUGGCAGGCGGCUGCUUAGUGGCGCCAGUGAGCGGAGGGGCCCCGAACCGCCGCAAGUGGCCCGUGGUGCUCCACCCGCGCGAGAGGGGUCUGACCUCGAAAGUGGGGGCGCAGGACGAGUGCAUGGUGUUCGACAACCCCGAGUUCGAGCUGGUGGUGCCAAUGCUGGUGAGCUUGCAGAGAACCGUGGCAGAGGGAAGGCCCCUCUUCCCGCUGCGCUCCGCCCUGUGGCAUGAGGCCGCGCGGUCCGCCGCAAGGCGAUUGUUCCCCAGCUUCGUCGCCCCCGCGCUGUACCAGCUGAGGCACGGCGGGGCGUCGCACGAGGCACUGACCGAGGUCCGCAGCACCGAAGGCCUCGUGCGCCGAGGCAGGUGGCACAGCCUGCGAUCGGUCAAGCGGUGCGAGAAAGGCGGGCGCGUGAACCAAGUGCUGAGGUCGCUGACGCCCGAGGAGCUGAACGCCGCGCUGGAGGCCGAGCGCAGGCUUGGCGCGCGCCUCUCGCGGACAUACCGCAACUAG